CGGGGUCGUGCGGCGCUGCCUCGUCCCACGGGCAGCACCCGCCGAUCAUGUUCAGCAGGACGAUGGCGAGCGCCCACAGAUCGCCGGCCGUGUGAUCGAAGGUCGUCGGUGUCCACUCGGGCGAAAGAGCCUCUGUCGCUGUCAUCAGCAUGUGCGCGAGUGUUGCAGUGGAUCGACUGGCCAGGUGGGAUGUAAGCCUGCGUGCCGCCGACAUUCCACGCCGGGACCUCGUUGUCGACCGCGAGUCCAAAGUCGCAGAUCUUGGCAGCCAGCCCGUCGCUCGAGCACAGGAUGUUCUCCGGCUUCAGAUCCCGGUGCGCGAUGCCCUGCGCGUGGAUCGCCUGGACGCCGUCGAGGAUCUGCAGGAACACCGUCUUCAGCGCCGCCUCCCCGAAACGGUACACC